AUGCAAAAAUACUAUAUGCAGUAUCACUUUGUUAUUCCAACAAGUUCUGAUGAAGCACUUCAUAUGAUUCUGCAGUUGGUUAAUUAUGGUGUUAGACAGCUUUUGGUUGACGAUUGUUAUACAAGUUGGUCGCAGUUUGAUUUAAACCUAAAAAUCGCACUUACUCAGAACUCAUCCAAUUUAUCGGAUAAGUUGGAUGUGCUAAUACGUAGUCAACAUUUUCAAGAUUUGUUUCAUUUACCGGCCUAUGAAAUUAUAGAAACUUCCGUUGAUUGUAAAUUACAACGGUUGGAUAAUACAGAAACUAUUUGUGGCAAAAUGUUUUUAUCCGCUCAAUUUAUUUGCUACUGUUCAUCAAAGGAAAGUACUAAAAUUAUUCUCCCACUACGUGAAGUGAUUUCAGCCGAAGCAUUUCCACAAAGUGAUUCACCUUUAACAGGAGGAGUUAUCAUCAUCACAAUAGAUAAACUUGUUUAUAUAUUUACUGGUAUUGUUGGAUUCGAAGAUAUUCUAAACAAAAUUGGCAAUAAUUUAGAAGCAUCAAGAGGCACUAAAUCCGGACCUUCAGAUGUUAUAACUUCAAUCACAAAUACGUUUGAUCAUGGUCUGACGAUCGCUAGUUCACCAAGUACUUCUAAUCAGUUGAAUCCAUCAAACGCGUCCGGAUGCUUUGCUAGUCGUUACACUUAUAAUAAUAAUCGUUUCACUGUACAAAAUCCUGAUGCUGAAAAUAAACGUUUAAAUGAUUGGGAAAAAUAUUUUACAGAAUAUGGUUCCAGUAUGUCAAUGUAUCGAAAUGAACGUCUUAAACAUCUUGUAUUAAAUGGAUUACCUGAAGAAAAACGAGGAAGUUUGUGGAUGAUUUUAAGUGGAGCUGAAAAUGAGAUGUUCACUAAUCCAGGCUAUUAUGAUAAAUUAAUCAACGGUGUUCAGGGAUGCAGUAAUUUUGUCAAUGAAGAAAUUGAACGUGAUUUACACCGUUCAUUUCCAGAACAUCCUGCUUAUCAUACACCAGAGGGUAUUGAGUCUCUUCGACGUGUUCUUACUGCUUAUGCUUAUCGUAAUCCUAAUGUUGGAUACUGUCAAUCAAUGAAUAUAGUAGCUAGUGUAUUAUUACUAUAUUGUACAGAAGAACAAUCAUUUUGGUUACUGGCAGCUAUUUGUGAACGUUUAUUGCCUGAUUACUACGAUAGUCGAGUUGCUGGUAUACGUGUUGAUCAACAAGUAUUUCAUGAUUUAGUUGUUGAAUAUAUUCCUGAAUUAAAAUCAGUUUUACAAAUUCCAACACAAGAUGGUUUGAAGAAUAGUGUCACCAGUGAAUAUAAUAUCGAACCAGUUGUGGGCAGUUAUUCACCAGCUUUUAAUUAUCUUCAAAUGUGUCGGUCAUUAGGCUCAGAGUUAAUCAGUAUGCUACCGUUGAGUUGGUUUUUGACGUUAUUUCUAAAUACAAUGUCGUUUCAUUGUGCUGUAUACGUUCUGGAUUUUUUCUUUUAUGAUGGCGCUCGUAUUAUUUUUCAAAUUGCAUUAGAUGUACUACGCCAGCAUACAUUGUUUAUUAAGAAUGCUGUUGAAAGCAAUGAUGAUAGUUGUGUUUUAACUAAAUUAAGCGCAUAUUUUAAUAAAUUAAAUCAUCAUCAAGAUCCUAAUUCCAAUGAAUCAAUCUAUCAUUUGUUGGCUUCAGCUGAUCGCAAUUUUAAUAUUACUAAUGAUCUUAUCGAUCGUAUGCGUUUACAGUGUCGACCGAAAGUAAUUCAAUCAUUAAGUGAUUAUAUUUCUAAAGAGGUUUUAAGAAGUUUAGAUCGUGAAUUCCAUGCUGAUAUGACUUUACUUUUUGAAUGUUACAGAGAUCAUUAUAUUCUUUCGAAAUAUGAACGAAUCCAUCAAAUAGAUCCAGCUACAACUCAUAGUGAAACAAAUAAUCCAAAUCGUCCAGCGUAUGAUGUACAUCGAAUCAACGCAUAUCAGUUUAAUAGUCUAUUUAAAGGAUUAGUUCCAUGGGGUGCUGCUGCAUUUCGUUUAGGCUUCCCAUGUUUUCAUCUGUUAGAUCAAGAUGAAGAUAAUCUUAUUAACUUUAAGAGUUUUGUAUGGCUAAUGGAGUGUAUAUGUAAUCAUGAUUUAAAUACAAAACUACGUUUAUUAUUCUUAUUACAUCGACCUCCCUACUGGGUUCCAUCUGAACAAGCAAGUGAAUCAAAAUGGAAUACACUAAGUAGCAAAUUGUCAUUUCACAAUAUUGACAACAUUGAAAAAGAAAGUAAUAAUUCUAUUUCUUGUAAUACAAGUAUUGACGGUUAUCAUAUUUGUUCCAAAUCCGAUUUUGAAACAGUAGAAAUAGGUACUGAUCUUAUCGCUGAAGAGUGUAUGGAACAACACCACACUGUGGAUAAUAAUAAUAAUAAAAAUGAUAAAUUGUCAAAAACUCAUGUUUCUGGACACACGUCAGAAGUGCACCAAGAAGAGAACGAUAAUACUCCAAUUGUUAUUCCAGAUCCUUUAGGUUUUAUCAGCAAUAAAUACAGUUCAAGAGAUCUAAGUGAACAGAUUUCAUUGAAUUACAGUCAAUUUCAAUGUUUAACCGAGACAAUAAGAGUCAUUGUAGAAAAUGUAGACGAAGAUAAAGAAGAAAUGUUAGAUUCAGUUAAUUGUUUAUUCUUGGAAUUGUUCACACAAGAAUUACAAAAAGUUGAACGAUCUUAUAGCAUUGCUUCGUCCAAUUCAACAACUGACACUGAAAGUCUACAUAGCAAAGAUAAUGAUGAUGAACGUCCUAGUGUUGAAAAUAUGAUUCAUUCAUUUUGGCGACUGAAAUUAUGUGAUUUUCAAAAAGCUUUCUGGAAACAAGUAUUAUUACGUGAUUAUUUCUCCAAAGAAUUAUCUAUAGAAAAACAAUGUUCCAAGUUUCGUGAUUGGCUUCAUUGUUGCUAA